UUAGCUUACUUCUCUAGCUACGAACAAAGAGAUCGCGUUUGUACGCAAUAGCUGGCAAAGCAGAGCUCAAAGUACCGCGCUUGUAAAUUGAAACUGUGUCGAAAUGUGUAAAGUUGACAUGAUAAGAGCGUUGCUGAAUGCGCGACUGAGUGCGGCCGUCGAAGAAAUCUGUGUUGUGUUUGAAAGAACGCUAGCGGAGUACGAGGAGGAACUUUCUCGGACAAAAGAGGAAAACGAGAGUCAGCGUCAACUACUGGACGCUCUUUUCAAGUCUCGAGAUCAAGCACGCCGAACAGAUGUCCGUGAAGAUCUUCAUUGUGAGCAGCAGCAGCAGCUUGCGUCUCCUCCCAUUAAAGAGGAAGAGCAAGAGACUGAUGUCACCAAGUUUCCAUCCACAUUUAUCCCUUUGAAAAGUGAAGGUCAAGGUCAAAGUGAGGGGAACAAAGGGGCGGAACCUCCAAACAGUAGCUCAAUUCAGUGUUAUCAAGUCAUGGUAACGGAAGGUGAUGGAGACCGCUGCGGAGGAUCACAAGCAGACAGCCUCUCAAUUCGACUGUUAGAUAGUGACGACAUGGCGUCCCACUCUCCUGACACUGACGAUGAUGGCCACUCUAAAGGUGACACGGCAUGUCACUCUGACGACAAGCAAUGGAAAUGUUCUCAUUGUGACAAAACCUUUACGUAUAAGUCAUCAUUAAAAAGACACUUAAGUACACACACUGGGGAGAAACCUUUUACCUGUUCAGUUUGUGGUAAAGGGUUCACUCAGAAGGGGCAUUUAAGAGCACACAUGAGAACACACACUGGAGAGAAACCUUUUGCCUGUUCAUUCUGCAACUUAAGUUUCAGUCAACGUUCAUCGUUGGGUCCACACAUGAGAACGCACACUGGAGAGAAACCUUAUUCCUGCUCAGUUUGUGGUAAAAGUUUCUCUGUAAGUCUCAAUUUGAUUCGACACCAAAGAACACACACCGGUGAGAAAGCAUUUAGCUGCAGCGCGUGCGAUGAACAAUUUUCUUAUAAGUAUCAGAUGAACAAACACGUCUGUGCCGGUGAGAAGAGCAGUGGUCAAUGAAGCUGCAAAAUGUAAGUUUCGAAAGUUUGUAACAUUGUGCUAACAUUGAUAAGUGAAUAUGUAAUUUUGAAUGAAAUAGAAGUUGUCAAAGAGUAAAUAUAAUAAGUGUAUAAUAUAUAACAGUAAGUAUAGUAUAAUAAAUAUACACUUCAUUGCGGUUCCCCUUUCGCUCUCCCACUCUUAACGGGGAUUUUUGAGCGACCUUUUUUGGGAUUGGUAAAGUUUUUGUGGUAAUGUGUAGCAUUGCGUGCAGGCAAGUCUGAAUUUAAUAAUAUAAUACCACGCUUUGCCGCAACAUGCUGGGCAGCACUGAGCUUUAUUGGAUGGAGAUGUAGCAAAAGAAGAGAACAAGAAGCAUAGAAGGAUCCCCUACUAAGUAGCGCAAAUAUAUUAUACCUGUAUGUAAUAUACCGGAUGGUUUGGGUGAACAUUUUAGUGUUAAAUAUAAAAUGAUUUAAUUCUCUUGUUGUGUGAGAUACUGCUCCGUUUAUAAGAGAAUAGGCGCAUGCGUGUACACAAAACACUUCAUUCAAUAAAUACAGUA